CGAGCAACUACUGGCAACAACCUGUGCUAUUGUGUUAUUACUGUUGCCUGUGCCUGCCUUGUGAGGUGUGUGCUGAAACAAGACCCUUUUUUUUACAACUGUUUAAUCUAAUGGUGGGAGAUUAUACCAAGUGUUAAGAGCUCUAUAUUUAGGAAGAACAACUCUUUGCUAUGGAAGGAAUGCCUUUUACACUUACACUACCAAACUGGGUUUAUCUCCAAGCCCGGAGGCAGCUCUGAGUCUAACACAGAAAACAAAGCUCUCCAGAAGUGUGUCUCUGCGCAGCUAAAAGGAUCCCUGGCAGAGAUCCCAACCGGCCACUUAAAAGGAAGAAGUGAGAUACUAGAGGUCUUGCUCUUUUAUCAAGGGUUGGUUUUGGCUUGGCUGUUCUCCUUCCAAGGAAGAAAGGUGAAGAAAGAAGACCCUACGGAUUAAAAUGUCUAAGCAGCCGGCAUCCAAUAUCAGAUCUAUUCAGGCUAAUAUCAAUAUUCCUAUGGGGGCAUUUCGACCUGGUGCUGGCCAGCCACCCAAAAGAAAAGAAUUUUCAACUGAAGAAGAGCAGCAUGUCCCAACGCCAGAAUCUGAAGAAAAGAGUGAAGAAAAGAAACCUAUUCCAGGAGCAGUAAAACUUCCAGGGCCGGCGUUCAACCUCUCAGAAAUCCAGAAUGUAAAAAGUGUACUUAAAUUUGUACCAAAAGCAGAGGAACAAUAGUUUUAUAUGAAAGAUCUGGCAAGAAUAUCCAGAGAGAAGCCUCUAUAUGAAGAAUGGAAACCAGCAAAAUAUUUUAUACAUUUGUAUAAAUACUGUAUACUACCUAAAUUCUUGCAUAUUGUAGGCAGCAAAUACUUUGUACAUAUAUAUGCAUUGUUCAUAGACAAGAUUUCCUAAUAAAAUAAUAUUAAGUAUAUUGACCCGUAAAA